GAUCACAUACUUCCUUUUCCACCUCUAAUCUUCUCGGUGGUGCAACACAUUUUGGUCGUGUCCAAGAAAUCGGACUCAUCCAACACCAACUUGAAGAGUUUACAUCCCAUAGAUACAUAAGCAACAUCAACAAUGCCUCCUAAAUUCGACGCAUCGGUCGUUCAGAUUGUGUAUGUGAAGGCUAUAGGUGGUGAAGUCCCCGCCACUUCCACUCUUGCCCCCAAGAUUGGUCCUUUGGGUCUGUCACCCAAGAAGGUAGGUGACGACAUCCAGAAGGCCACAGGAGACUGGAAGGGGCUCAAGAUCACCUGCAAGCUGACCAUCCAGAACCGUGUCGCAAAGGUGGAUGUGGUGCCCAGCGCCUCCUCCCUCAUCAUCAAGGCACUAAAGGAGCCCCCCAGGGACAGGAAGAAGGUCAAGCAUGUGAAGCACUCUGGUAACAUCACAUUUGAUGAGAUGAUCAAGAUAGCCAAGGCCAUGAGGGAGCGUAGUAUGGCCAAGAACUUGAUUGGCACCCUCAAAGAAGUGCUAGGUACAGCUCAGUCUGUUGGCUGCACAGUGGACGGCAAGCCUCCCCAUGAUGUUAUUGACGGAGUCAACAGUGGGGAAUACGAUGUCCCAGAUGAGUAAAGUAUGUUGUGGAUUCCAUUGUUGAAGAGAAAAAUAAAGAAAAAAACCCACA